AUGGCCACCGGGUUUCUACGUGUGAAGGGGACGCAGAUUGUCGAUGGCAAUGACACCCCAAUAAUCCUGCGUAGCUCUGCUCUUGGAGGAUGGCUCAACAUGGAGAAUUUCCUUACUGGAUUUCCAGGCAUGGAAUCCGGCGUCCGCGCGGCGAUGCAAGAGGUGAUGGGCGAGGAACGCUGCAACUUCUUCUUCGACCGUUGGCUAUACUAUUUCUUCACCGAGGAAGACGCCAAAUUCUUUCAGUCUCUCGGCCUCAAUUGUCUCCGCCUGCCCUUUAAUCACCGACACCUCGAGGACGACAUGAACCCCCGCGUUCUCAAAGAAAGCGGAUUCCGGCAUCUGGAUCGUGUGAUCGACAUCUGUGCCAAGCAUGGAAUCUACACUAUCCUCGACAUGCAUACAGUCCCAGGGGCGCAGAAUCAAGACUGGCACUCCGAUAACCGGACCAACUACGCCGCCUUUUGGGAUUACAAAGACCACCCAGACAGAACGGUCUGGUUAUGGGAGCAGAUUGCCCAGCGGUACAAGGAUAAUCCAUGGGUUGCAGGUUACAACCCCAUGAACGAGCCGGCUGACCCCUCGCGGAAGCUCCUGGCGCCGUUCUACGCGCGUCUGGAGAAGGCCGUCCGAGCCAUUGAUCCCCACCACAUCCUCUACCUGGACGGAAACACGUACGCAAUGGAGUGGGAUGGAUUCCACGAUGUGCUCCCCAACUCGGUGUAUUGUAUCCACGACUACAGCAUGAUGGGCUUUCCAGAGGGAGAACUGUACCGCGGCACGCCAGAACAAGACAAGAAACUCGAGAGCCAAUUCCUGCGCAAAUGCGAGUUCAACCUCCGACACCACGAGAUCAAUCGGUGCCGGGUCGCCUUGAUCCAUAAACAGCUGCAGAUUUAUGACAGCCAUGGAAUCUCCUGGUCAACCUGGCCGUAUAAGGAUAUUGGCCUCAUGGGCAUGGUAUCUACACGGCCAGAUUCCCCCUGGAACAAGCUCGUAUGGCCUUUUGUGGAGAAGAAGCAGCGCCUUUACGUCGACGGGUGCUUGAUCAAGCGCUCACCUGAGGCCGAGGCCGUGCUGGAGCGGAUGGCGAAGUGGAUUGAUGAGGUCUCGCCGAAUGCGAAAGCAACGUAUCCACUCAACUGGGAUACAAAGCGGCACAUCAUACGAGCGGUCUUUCAUACUUUCCUUGCUGCAUCCCUGUACAAGGAAUUCGCGGAGCUGUUCCGAGGCAAAACGCAUGAGGAGCUAGAGGAAUUGGCGAAGAGUUUUUGUCUGGAACAGUGCGUUUUGCGGGAUGAUCUGAACAAGGCCCUGCACCAGUACUGCAAAAACCGGUAA